GGCCGUGAGAGAGUCAUGGAUACCAACAUGCCCCUGCCCCGUCCACCGCGAACCCCUACGCCUCCACUCGACGACGAGCCUCCUGCAGACCACCAUCAUUCGCAUGCGCAUCCACCCCCCAAUCUGAACGCUUUACAUCCCAAUUCCUUGUCACCGCUAUCCGCGACCUUUGGAAGCCUUGCUCCCAGCGAAUCCCUCUCCCAAAGAUCCACUGCCGCCCAGGGCAACCUCUACAGCCCAGAUCGCGGGUCGUUUCUUCCCACCUCGACCACCGCCAUCAAUGGUAUCAGUGACAAUGAGGCACCCUCCUCCUUGAGUGGCUCCGAUAAUGCCCAGAGUGCGCCGAACCCGUUCAACUUCCAACCUGUCAGCUACAUGCCCGCGAAGCCGCAGGCGAAACAAGCUGACAUUGGCCGGAGACGUGGACACAAGUACAAGCAUAGUAGCGUUUCCCACCAGAUCUUUCUGGAACCCCCACCGCGUGCGCCGCUCCAACUACCUGCGUCGCUUCCUGUUCCUACCUUUAAAGAAUAUCGUUCGAGCAUGUCCAGAGAACAGACCCUUAGAUUGGGCUGGUGUUUCUGUCACUUGCUGGUCGCCGGCUUGGUACAGUGGGGUGCGCAUGAAUCUUUGGCGCUGACGGUGCUAUCGCGCCUCCUCUUCUAUGAUGCCCUGGGUGCCUUCCUAUGCGUCGCUGUCGACGUGGGAUCCAACUUCGAGGUCUGGAAACGGUCCACAAUUCGCCACCCGUUCGGUUUUGAGCGCUCCGAGGUCAUUGCCGGCCUGGGCAUGUCUGUGGGUUUGCUGUUCAUGGGUCUGGAUCUGAUUUCGCAUGGCCUCACCCACACGCUGGAGAACAAAGGAGGUCACCAAUCCCACCACGGCCACGGUCACGAGCGGGUUUCACCUGGCAGCAUCGAUCUGGCAGCUCUGAGUGGGAUUAUCUGCACUUUGGUGUCGGCUAUCGUGUUGAAAAACCACGCUCGGAUAGCAAAGGUGAUGCGGCUGAGCGCUAUUGCCAAUCUGCCUUCGGUGCUGAGCAACCCUUCGCAUUUCCUCACGCUGUCGUGUUCCACACUUUUGUUGCUGCUGCCCCUUCUCAGCAUCAAAAUGUAUGUCUGGUUAGACCGCACGCUGUCGUUCUCUGUCGCCAUCUCCAUGGUCGCAUUGGGUUGGAUUCAAGGAUGGACGCUGGGCAAGGUGCUCAUGAUGUCCUACUCAGGGCCCGGCGUUUCAGCCGUCAUGUACGACAUUGAGACGGAUCCGGCUGUCAGUUCGGUUGAGGAAGCCAAAUUUUGGCAAGUGCAUUACGGACUGUGUCAAGCCAAUCUUAAGCUGCGCGUGCGAAACCUGGACGAAAUCGUACGGCUGCGAGACCGUAUUGGAAGCAUGGUGCGGAACCGGUUGGGCGGCAGCUACGGAGGAGGGGGCCAGAAGUGGGAGGUUUCGACCCAAAUCACAUUGGAUAAGGACUGA